AUGGAAAAACUUCAGGCCGCGGCUCCGCCUUUUUGCUGUAAUUGCCUUGCGAAUGAUAUAUGGCUUACAGCUGCAACAACCCUACGUAUAUUUGCAAUAAGUAGUAAAACUAAGGGUAGCAUACGUAGAGAACUCGCGAGUACGAAUGAGAAAUAUUUUAUCGACAUCGAUAAUACACCUGCCUAUGAGCGGGGGUCGGGCGGCAGGUGCGGCCCAGACGCAUCGGCGCGCCAGUCUCUCUCGGCCGCCGAUCUGACCACACGUCGCGUCACCUCUAACACAUGUCGACACGUGCGUGGCGCAUCCCUUACCGUUCUAUUUGCAAAACGCACCUUGUGUUGUGUCCUGCGUUUCACUGGAAUUUAUAAACUUUUCUUAUCGGUUCGGAGUUGUAGUGUUGUGUGGAUACGGGGAUAUGCGUAG